CGACUUCUCUUAGCCUUCUCUCUGUUACAAGUAUUCAUUGUUGCGUCACGCGAUUGAAUUUUUUGUAUGCAAAAAAUUGAAAUACAAAUUCGGAUUCGAAAUAUGUAUAAUUGAAUUUUACGUUUGCACCUGAACGUGAGAAUCUUAUGUUAUAAGCAAUGUGGAUGUGGAGGACAUCAAUUGUUACUGCAUCGGAUCGUAUAUUUCCCGGUUUAGCCUAUUACGAUCGGAAAAAGGAAUUUUAUGAUGUAGGAAAUCAGAUACAAUCCAAUUUGCCACUCCAAAUGGCAUUGUACUUUAAUGUAGGGAUAUUUCCAUUAUGGUUUGCUAUAAUAAUUGUUAACUUGGACGCAAAAUAUUAUUAUUUGACAGAUGUAUACAAAGUUAUAACUAUAGCGGUAUUUAUUGUUAUUUCAACAUUGGAAAGUUUACGACUAUACUUGGGAUAUCUUGGAAAUUUAGCAGAAAAGAUUCCAGAACUGGCAAGUUUUUGGCUGAUAUCUACUCUCAUACAUUUUCCUUUAGAGAUGUUCCUUCUUUUUGAUAGUAAAACUAUACCUCAUCUUAGCGAAACAAUUGCUAAUGGUGUCAUGAGUUUUCUGCUCAUUAUAGAAAUUAUUACAGCUACAAUAGCUUUGAAGCAGUUGGCAAAUCAUCAUGCUAAAAGAUUUUAUGUUGCACAAUUAUAUGGAAUUGAUAAUAUAGAGUAUAUUAAUGUGUAUUGACUUUAUUGCUUCUGUGUGUGAUUUUAUAAUAUAAUAUAUAUUAUUGUGUUAUAUUAUAAUACUAUAUAUCAUAAUACUUAAUGCAAUGUGUGAUAUUUAAAUGAUGUUAGAUCUAAUUUUUAUAUUUUGAUAUAAUUUAUAGAUAUGU